ACACCAAAAAAAUCAAUAUCGCGAACUUUUGACGGUGGGAUUCUUGGCGGGCACAAUCUUUUCGAGCGCUCGCAUACUACAGUCUCUACUCUUCUCAUCGAUAAUAUUCCAACUGAUCAAGACUCUACCUACUAUCCCCCCAACCAACCCCAAUUUCCUCCCAGUCGCAAGCCCAAUCCCACCAAAACCGCAAUCAUGUCGCGCCCCGAAGACAUACUACCCCCAGACCUCUUCUACAACGACCUCGAAUCCCGCAAAUACACAACCUCGUCACGGAUCCAAAAAAUCCAAUCCUCAAUGACGCACCGCGCCCUCUCGCUCCUCUCGCUGACCUCCCCCUCGCUCAUCCUCGACAUCGGCUGCGGCUCCGGCCUCAGCGGCGAAAUCCUCUCACAGACCCCGGACCAAGGCACGCCAGGCGGUCCGCAUAUAUGGAUGGGCUUCGACAUCAGCAGCUCGAUGCUCGGCGUGGCGCUGGAAAAGGAAGUCGAAGGGGAUCUGUUCCUCGCGGACGCGGGACAGGGGGUUCCGUUCCGCGCGGGGACGUUCGACGCCGCCAUCAGCAUCUCGGCGAUCCAGUGGCUGUGUAAUGCCGAGACGUCUGAGGAAUCGCCCGUGGGCAGGCUUUCGCGGUUCUUCGGCGGGCUGUAUGCUAGUUUGCGGCGUGGCGGGCGGGCUGUGUGUCAGUUUUACCCCAAGAACGAUGAGCAGAAGAAGAUGGUUUCGCAGGCUGCUGUUAAGGCUGGGUUCGGCGCCGGCUUGUUGGAAGAUGAUCCUGGGACGAAGAACGCAAAGACUUAUUUGGUGUUGACGGUUGGUGGAGGGGAGGUGGAUGGGGAUAUUACGGGGGUUGUGAGGGGCAUGGAUGGGGUGGAUGUUAUGGAUGGGAGGAGGAAGGGCCAGCAGAGGAAGAGGGGGGAAGAGGUGAAGGGGAGUCGGGGGUGGAUUUUGAAGAAAAAGGAGCAGAUGGAGAAGAAGGGGAGGGUGGUCAAAGCUACGUCAAAAUAUACGGGCAGGAAGAGAAGGAUUCAGUUCUGAUAUCGUUCCUGUUCCCCCUGUUUUUUUGUUCUUGUGUAGGGUUUCCACUUGCUUUAUUUUCGACAUUGCCCAGGACUUUCUCCGGUCAAUUCUUUACGAUAUCAUGGCGUUACGAGACACAAAGUCC